GGAUAGAAAUGCAUCUAAGUAGCAGCCUCAGGUUUUAAAUCCCCCGCUCACCCACUAUAUAUACAAAACCAUCAAUUCACACUCAUCAUAAGCUUCAUCUACAUUUCUUUAGAUUUGCAAAGUGUCAGAUUUCGGAGCAAUUUGAAGAUGUCUGGACGUGGGAAGGGAGGAAAGGGAUUGGGAAAGGGAGGUGCGAAGCGUCAUCGUAAGGUUCUCCGAGACAACAUCCAGGGAAUCACAAAACCGGCGAUCAGACGUCUUGCGAGAAGAGGAGGUGUGAAACGUAUCAGCGGGUUGAUCUACGAGGAAACUCGCGGAGUUUUGAAGAUCUUUCUAGAGAAUGUCAUCAGAGAUGCUGUUACCUACACCGAGCACGCACGCCGGAAAACUGUCACCGCCAUGGAUGUGGUGUACGCGCUCAAGAGACAAGGCCGAACUCUCUACGGAUUCGGUGGUUAGGGUUUUACUAGUGUUGGUGUUUCUUUAGUGAUUUCUACUACUUGUUGAAAUCAACUGUUGUAAGUUUUAUGCUAUUUCUUAAACCAAACCAGAAGUAAUAGACGGAUUUCCUA